GCCUUUCACGCUUCCGGCCUCAGAGCUAACUCGAGAUCGUUUUGCUCCGGAGUCCUUUGGCCAGGGGACACUGCGUCAGCACGUCCCCACGUGAGACGGCGGUCUUCCUGCGCGUUCUGAACAGCUUCCGGUGGAGCCUGGUUGUUGAUUCCGUGCGUCUGACGCCUUGUUGAGCUGAGAGCUGAGCGGCCUCCGAGGAGUAAAGGAGAGUUCUGACGUUUGCUUCGGCAACCUCAUCAGCCCGCCAAGAUGGCGAUGCAAGCGGCCAAGAGGGCGAACAUUCGACUUCCACCCGAAGUAAAUCGGAUUUUGUACAUAAGAAAUUUGCCUUACAAAAUCACAGCUGAAGAAAUGUAUGAUAUAUUUGGGAAAUAUGGACCUAUUCGUCAAAUCAGAGUGGGGAACACACCUGAAACUAGAGGAACAGCUUAUGUAGUCUACGAGGACAUCUUUGAUGCCAAGAACGCGUGUGAUCACCUGUCCGGAUUCAAUGUUUGUAACAGAUACCUCGUGGUCUUGUACUAUAAUGCCAACAGGGCAUUUCAGAAGAUGGACACAAAGAAGAAGGAAGAACAGUUGAAGCUUCUCAAGGAGAAGUAUGGCAUCAACACAGAUCCACCAAAGUAAUGUUUUCUUCGUUUUUAUUUUGGACUGAAACCCUGUGAAUCACCACUCUACCCCUUUUCAGUUUUUAGUUAAUACUGAGUAUUAUGGUUUCUUGUUUGAGGUUCAGGAUGACCCUGCUUAAAACUUUGAUACAUGUUAGAAUUUAUUGUUAAUAAACUUCUAGCUUUUGUAAAACA